CUCCUUUCUUCCUCACAAUUCUAUUCACAACUAUAACAUAGCAAUAAUGCCGCACGCCAUCUCAGACUUUGAGGAACACCUUGACUUGGCCAUUAUUGGCGCAGGUUGGUAUGGCCUCACGGCAGCCAAGACGUACCUCAAACUGGAGCCAGGUGCGAAGCUCGCCAUCUUUGACAGAGACAACACCGUUGGUGGCACUUGGAGCAGAGAUCGCAUCUACCCCAAUUUGGUCGCACAGGUCGAGCAUGGAUACUUCAACUAUCCAGGAACACCUAUGCUGAAGGAUGGCGCCACCGAACACAACCUAGUGUCGGGCGACAUGAUCUUCAAGUACCUCGACAAGUUUGCCGAUGACCAUGGUCUCAAGCAGCAUAUCCGUUUCAACAGCUGGGUAUCAAACGUCGAACGCAACACUCAUGGAGGCUGGAAGUUGACUGUCAACGGAAACGUUAUUACGACGGCCAAGCUUAUUGUCGCCACGGGAGUGACGUCCAUUCGGAAUUCGCCAUCUUUCCAUGUUGAGAAGGAUGCUGUACCCGUGAUCCACAGCAUCGAUAUUGCUCCAAAUGCUCCUCAGUUCAAAAAGGAGGAAGCAAAGCAUUUCAUCAUCAUUGGUGCCGCAAAGUCGGCAUACGAUGCUGCGGUGAUUCGACCAAACGGCUCUGGGCCCAUGCCCAUCAUGCCGGCUGAAAUCUUCGGAAUAAACACCAUCACUAUGGGUUCCAAUCGCUUGAUGAACUAUCUCAGCCCAUCGAUUAUGAACACCAACUCAUGGCUUGGUGCUUUCUUCCACAGGACACUUCUUGGCCGUUGGUUGACCAAGGCCCACUGGAACUUCAUCACCAGCAAAGCCGACGAAGCAGCUGGAUUUGGAGGAAAAGCUGGCCCUGUCGAGGGCCUAAGGCCAGACAUUCGCGACGCCAAGCAAGUUCAGACAGUCCCACUAACACGUCAAUACAGUUGCUUCUGGUGCGACAGCUCCAUCGGUCUGAUCACCAUGGAUGAUUUCUGGAGCACUCUUCAGAGAGCCGACAUCACCAUCCUUCGCGACAACGUCGAUUCCGUCUCCGCAUCCGGGGCCACCCUUCGCUCCGGUCAGACCAUCCCUGCCGACUACGUCAUCUACUGCACCGGCUGGGGCGACCACUUCAGUUUCUUCUCGUCUGAACUCAAGGAAGAACUCGGCAUCCCGCCCUACGGCGCCGCCGUUCCCCCUAACACUUCCUCGGCGCCUAGAAAAGUCAACGACCCCUGGUACGACCUCGACAAAGCCGCCGACGACUUAGUCGCCAAGCAAAUCCCCCUUUUGGCAGCCGGGCCAAAAGAUCUGCGAACCCCGGACCCCAACCGCGUCAUUACUAAGCGCCGCUGGCGGCUGUACAACCGCAUCGUACAGUCGCUAUGGGCAGUUGCCUAUCUGCUCGGGGACAUCGAGUUGCCUACCGAGGACAAGAUGGUGCAGGAAGUAGCGCAGUGGAAUGCGUGGACACGCAAGCGGUACCGUAGUGUGGGUGAGAGGUACCCGUAUGCGCUGUUCGACUGGAUUCCAUAUCUGGAUCGGUUGCUGAGCGAUUUGGGGGUGAAGACGCAGAGAAAGGCGGGGAGGAUUGCGGAUUUUUUGGCGCCGUAUGGACCGCAUUGCUAUGCAGGGGUUGUGGAGGAGUAUGAGGCGUUGAGGGGGGAGAAGGGAGAGAAGAAGCCUAAGACUAUGUCGUCUAUGUCUAGUGGCAGUAGUUUGAAGUAGGGAGGAAUAGAGCUGUCCUGGGUUAUUUGUUUGCAAAUUUGGGUUUAUGAAUCAUCGAAGUAUUUGUGUUUUCCAGUCAACUGCUGUGUAGCGACAAAAGAAACAUGAGAUAUUUCCUUACCGGAUAGCACCUGGCUAUGUUUAUACUAGCUGCAAUUAUAAUAUUUAAGUGCCCGG